AUUGAGUAUUUAUUUCCUGCGUCGAAUGGUUUUUAAGGAUGUUUUGAAGACAUAGAAUUUGUCUAUUAAAAUCUAAACGAAGAAUAAGUAACACAUUACUCACACACUUCGCUUUAAAAUGUGUGUAUUAAAAUAUAUAGCCAUUUAUACGUGACUAUUUCUAAACCUUCAUGCAAUUGCAGAAAACAUCUGAUUUUCGUCCAAUUCAACAAAUUUAUAUCGUGUGGAUUAAAUGACGUCUCCAAAUAAUUCUCCAACAAACCCAACGGAGAAAGAAGUGGAAAGUGCUGAAAAAAAGAGCCGUUUUCUUCCUUACCAAGAAGGUCACUCAAAGAAGCGAUUGUGUAAUCGUGAAAGUGACAACUCUGAGGAAGAAAACGACAACCAGGUUAAUGUUAACCUCCCUGACAGUGAAUUAAAAAAUUUGGACAUAGCAUCAGAGAGUCAGAAUGAAGAUAUCUUUCCAAAUUUACCUUUCUGUUUACAACAAGACGGCGAAGAAAACAAUGCAGAUUCACGAUCAGAAUCUACAAUGCCUUCCCCAGGCAGAGAAGAACAUGACGAAGAUGUUGACGACGAAAGGGAAGACAGCCAAUUAAGUACAAGUUCACUAGAUACCGAUAGACCCUUAUUCUUGAAAGAAAUUAGGUCAAAAAGAAGGAAACUUUUAAUUCCCAGUGAAACUACUAGUAGCGAACAUAGUGAUGAUAGUGAUUCUGACGAUUCUAAUGAUUCUGACUCUAGAAUAACAGAUAGUAGUCCCGCAAGCGUUGAAAACGAUAUUUUAAAAAGCCAGAGAAUAUCUAAAUCACUUGAUAGACAAUCAAUUGUUAAUAAAUACAACUUGACAGAACUUAUCUUUUGCAAAGAAACAGGAGUGAAAAAAGCAAAAACUUUCUCAAGAGAUGUUAUUUCACUUCAACAUAACAUAACUCGUUUGUCAAAAUACGGAUUAUUGGAUGAACAUAAUGGUUGUGUAAAUGCUUUACAUUUUAAUGAAACAGGAACUCUUAUAGCUUCAGGUAGUGAUGAUAUGAAUAUAAUUCUUUGGGACUGGGAAAGACUAAAACCAUACGUUAUUUAUGGUAGUGGUCAUGAAGCUAAUGUAUUUCAAUGCAAAUUCCUACCCGCUUCGAAUGAUUCUGUCAUUAUAAGCGCUGCGCGAGAUGGUCAAAUAAGAAUAGCUGAUAUUAGUUCCUCAGGUACAUGUAAAGGAACGCGUAGAUUGGCUCGACAUGAGGGACCUGCUCAUAGGAUAACGCUAUUCCAUGAUUCUUGUCAUGAAUUUUUAACUUGCGGAGAGGACGGACUAGUCUAUCAAAUUGACUGUAGAGAACCGAAACCAGUGAAAUUAUUGAUUGUGAAAGAAGAAUCAAAGCUCAUGCCUCUAUAUUCAAUUCAUGCAAAUCCUAUGAAUUCAAAUGAAUUUUGUGUUGGAGGAAAAGAUCCCUAUAUUAGAGUUUUUGAUAGAAGAAAAAUUAAAAGAUCGAAUAAAGUCCUUUCCCCCGACCCAAUUAAAAAAUACUGUCCACAUCAUCUCACAAAAAAAGAUAGGGCCAAUGUUACAUGCGCAUGUUAUAAUUACGAUGGUUCAGAGAUCCUUGGAACAUAUAACGACGACGACAUUUACCUUUUCAACAAUAAUCAUUCGGAUGGAGAUGAUUUUAAGCACAGAUAUUCUGGACAUAGAAACAAUCAAACAGUAAAAGGAGUUAAUUUCUACGGACAGAGGAAUGAAUAUAUAGUCAGUGGCAGCGAUUGUGGAAAUAUAUUUUUCUGGGAGAAGGAGAGCGAGGCUAUUGUUAGCUAUUUUAAAGGUGAUAACGGUGGGGUUGUGAAUGUUCUUGAACCUCAUCCAACCUUACCAGUAUUAGCUACUAGCGGAUUAGAUAACGAUGUUAAAUUGUGGAUGCCAAACCCUUCGGAGGACAAUUCUCUAGAAGAUUUAGAAGUGUUAAUGGACAACAAUUGGGACGACAGAAAAGCAGAUAAACGAUUGAUGCCAUAUGCAGAUGAUGAAAGCAUGAUACGGCAUUUGAUGAGAACUUUAUCACAGAGACGAACUACUGCUGAUGAUUCUAGCAGGGACUGGAAUAUUACUGAUGAUGGCGACGAUAGCCAUCAAAUACAGUGUGCCCCUCAGUGA